CUUCCCAACCGCAGCCAACUUCAGGUACGUCGCUGUCACGAAUUGCAAUUUUUAUAAAAAGAAUAGAAAAAUCGAAAUCACUUUUUUCACACGCGAAAAAGUGCCAGUGUCGUAUUUAAAACCCCUCAUUUUAGCUGCAAACGAGGUGGACGCCACCAAUCUGAUUGUUUAGUAUACGCAUUUUUAAAACAAUAUUUUCCAUCACUCGCACACACACACACACACAGAGCCGACAUAAUGACGUCGUUGGAGCAGAAUCGUUUACAAAACUUCAAAAACAAAGGCAAGGAUCAGGAUGAGAUGCGCCGCCGCCGUAAUGAGGUGACGGUUGAACUGAGGAAGAACAAGCGCGAGGAGACCAUAUUGAAGCGGCGCAAUGUCCCGAACUUGGAUUCGAACACAGACGAGGAUGAGCAGCUGCCCACUCCCAUUAACCUGAAGAAGCUGGCACAUGCCGCAGCCGACUCCAGCAAGCCAGAACAACAGUUGGCCGCCGUCCAGGCCGCCCGGAAGCUGCUAUCCUCGGACAAGAAUCCACCCAUCAACGAUCUUAUCGCAAGCCACAUAUUGCCCAUCCUGGUCGAGUGUCUGAAAAACCACAAUCACACAAUGCUCCAAUUUGAGGCUGCCUGGGCCCUUACCAACAUUGCCUCCGGCACAUCAGAUCAAACCAAUCAGGUCGUUGCCGCAGGUGCAGUGCCGCUCUUCCUUCAACUUCUCAACUCUCCCGCUGCGAAUGUGUGCGAACAGGCCGUGUGGGCCCUGGGUAAUAUCAUCGGCGACGGACCCAUGUUGCGCGACUUUGUCAUCAAGCACGGCGUGGUCCAGCCGCUGCUGUCCUUCAUUAAGCCCGAUAUACCCAUUUCCUUCUUGCGCAAUGUCACCUGGGUGAUCGUGAACUUGUGCCGCAACAAGGAUCCACCCCCUCCAGCCGCCACCAUUCACGAAAUCCUGCCCGCACUCAAUGUGCUCAUCCAUCACACUGACACGAACAUCUUGGUGGACACGGUCUGGGCGAUUAGCUAUCUGACCGACGGCGGAAACGAGCAGAUACAAAUGGUGAUUGAGAGCGGUGUGGUGCCCAAGCUGAUACCCUUGUUGGGCAAUAGCGAGGUCAAGGUACAGACAGCCGCUCUGCGUGCUGUAGGCAAUAUUGUGACUGGAUCGGACGAGCAGACGCAGGUGGUGCUCAACUACGAGGCGCUCUCCUAUUUCCCGGUCCUGCUCUCCCAUCCCAAGGAGAAGAUACGCAAGGAGGCUGUCUGGUUCCUCUCUAACAUCACCGCCGGCAACCAGUCACAAGUGCAGGCCGUCAUCAAUGUGGGCCUCUUGCCCAAAAUCAUUGAGAACCUGAGCAAGGGUGAAUUCCAGACACAGAAGGAGGCCGCCUGGGCUAUCAGCAAUCUGACCAUUAGCGGCAACCGCGAACAGGUCUUCACACUGAUCAAGGAGGGUGUCAUUCCGCCGUUCUGUGAUCUCCUCUCAUGCCAGGAUACGCAAGUUAUCAAUGUUGUGCUUGAUGGAUUAAACAAUAUGCUCAAAAUGGCCGACUCACACGUGGAGACGGUGGCCAACUUUAUUGAGGAGUGCGAGGGUCUGGCCAAGAUUGAGCGUCUGCAGAGCCACGAGAAUGUGGAAAUUUAUAAACUGGCUUACGAAAUCAUCGAUCAGUACUUCACGGAUGAGGGCGAACAAACAAACAUGGCCCCCACAUCCGAUGGCACACAAUACAACUUUGAUCCGAAUGCUGACAAGCUACCAAUGAACUCAUUCAACUUUUAAGGAUCCACAGAGAAACCAAAACCAGAAACCAGAGCAGCAACAGCAAAAGCGGCAGCGGCAGUAAGGCGGUAGUUAAACACACGCGUGCAACAGACAGACAGAAUUUUUUGGCGAAAUGUGCUAAAACUUACAUUUACUUACACAUUAGGCUUGUGUAUAAAAUUAGGGGAGCAGCAAAAAAACCACUUCACAUAAUAAUGAUAGCAAUACAUUUAUUUUCAACCACACUCAAAACCAACCAAUCCCAGCCCAAAAACGAUUGCACCAUCUGCCAGCAGCAGCAGCAGCCAAAAACCCAAACAAGUGUAUUAUUCAGCCAACAGCAGCAGUAACGGCUCCAAGAGAAAACAUGCAAAAGAGCAUAGCCGGAUAUAGACGUACUCUUGUCAUCAGUUUUAGCUUCUCUCAAUUCUGUGUUAAGAAAAUUAUUAAAAAAACACCUAAAUAAAUGUGCAUGCGGAUCGCCAGAAAACAUAACUCGAUUUGUAUAGUGAACGGGGGCAAGCCACACCGAUUUGCUAUCCCAAUACACCACACAGGAAUGACAUACAUAACGAAAAAGC